CUCAGUUGUGUUGCCCAAGACGAUGGAAUCCGAUGCAAAAGCUUACGAAGAACUGAACCAACCGCAAUACGAAGCUGGUUGUAAGUUUAUUGAUGAAGUGAAUCUCUCCCCCGGGGCCAAAGUGCUUGAUAUGGGCUGUGGUACGGGAAAUAUCACCAAAUACAUCGCUGAUAUUGUUGGGUCUUGUGGUCAGACGGUGGGAAUUGAUCCUGAUGUUGAGAGAAUCAAAAUAGCUCAAGAGAAAUAUCAAAAAGUUAAUAAUCUUCAGUUUCAUGUUGCUGAUAGUGUGACUGGAUUCCCAAACGAUAAUUCGCCAUACUAUGACGUUCAUGUAACAAUGAAUGCAUUUCACUGGUUUCCACACGAGCAUAAGAAGAUGUACAUACAGAAAGCCUACCAAUCUUUGAAAUCUGGAGGAAAACUGGUUAUUUUGUGCACAGAUAAGAUAGGCGCUAAACAAACUGAUCAAUCCGACGUACUUGGUAUCCAUUAUUUGACAAAAGAUGAAAUGAAAAAGCUAUUUCAUGAAAUUGGUCUGUUCAGUGAAGUCGUGAUAAGCCAGACCUUUCUAACAGCUAAUUUCAAGUCACACUUGUUCCUUACGAUUGAUAAAAAUAAAGACGGAGUUUUAUCUUCUGAAGAAGUAAAAGUUUGGGUUACGAGUGUAAGGAGUAAUAACGCAAUAAAGAUGACCAAAGAAAGAAUUACUGAAUAUGACAGUAAUAAUGAUGGACUAGUGUCUAUGGAUGAAUACUUCGUAUAUAUCUAUGGUAAUGCUGACAACAAAGGUCUGACUGACCGCCAACAACAUGCUAAAUUUGUAGAUUUACUUCCGACACAAGAAAACCGCGACCAAAUAUUACAAAGUAAAGAGCAAGUCAAAAAGCGUUGGAGGUACGCCGAUUUCAAUCGAGAUGGGAGUCUUUCACUUGAUGAAUUAGCAGCGUUUGAAAACCCUGAAGAUUAUGAGGAAAUGAAAGAUUACAAUGUGGAAGAAACAUUCGAAAACUUGGACUCCGACAGAGAUGGGAAGGUUUCUCUGAAUGAAUAUCUUGGUUCUGAUGUGUCUUCAAGCGUGGCUGUUGAGGAAGUUGAUUUUAGAGAACGAUAUUUCAAGAUUUUGAAAGACAGAAAUAAGGACGGUUUCCUAGAUAAGGUGGAGGUCAAGAAAUGGCUUCACCGAUCAUUUCCAUCGCGGAUCGACAUAGAAACGAAUGGUUUUAUGCAACAGAUAGAUAGAAAUAAGGAUGGAUCUUUAAACCAAGAUGAAAUACUCAAAAAUUGGGAUAAGUUCAAGACGUUUUAUCCCGAUUUACAGAACACGUUACUGGAACAUGACGAGCUAUAA